AUGGAGGAUAUUCAGGAGGAAGAGAACGGCGGUACGGACGAGGAGGUGCUGGGAUCGAGCUUGACCAUGGAGAAAGUGGCGGCUGCGAAGCAGUACAUCGAGAAUCACUACCGAGCUCAGACGAAGAACAUUCAGGAGAGGAAAGAGAGACGGUGGAUAUUGGAAAGAAAGUUAGCUUCUUCCGGAGUGCCAAAGGAGGAGCAGAUCAACAUGAUAAAAGAUCUUGAGAGGAAAGAGACGGAGUUUAUGAGGCUUAAAAGGAACAAGAUUAGUGUUGAUGACUUUGAGCUUUUGACUAUCAUCGGAAGAGGUGCUUUUGGUGAGGUUCGCUUAUGCCGAGAGAAAAAAUCUGGGAAUAUUUAUGCUAUGAAGAAGUUAAAGAAAUCUGAAAUGGUCAUCAGAGGACAGGUGGAACAUGUCAGAGCAGAGAGGAACUUGCUGGCUGAGGUUGCAAGCCAUUACAUAGUGAAACUGUACUAUUCGUUUCAGGAUGCCGAGUAUUUAUAUCUGAUUAUGGAAUAUCUCCCUGGUGGUGAUAUGAUGACUUUGCUCAUGAGGGAGGAUACUUUGCGUGAAGAUGUGGCCAAGUUUUAUAUUGCUCAAAGUGUCCUGGCCAUUGAAUCCAUACACAGAUACAACUAUAUUCAUAGGGAUAUCAAACCUGACAACCUUUUAUUGGACAAAGAUGGACACAUGAAACUCUCGGACUUUGGGCUCUGUAAGCCGCUUGACUGCAGAACUUUACCUUCAAUUCAGGAGAAUAGGGCCACCGACGAUGAAGCUGUUACAGAACCUAUGGAUGUUGAUGACACUGAUAACAAAAGAAGCUGGCGCAGUCCCCAGGAACAACUUCAGCAUUGGCAGAUGAAUCGCAGAAAACUGGCAUUUUCGACUGUGGGAACACCCGACUAUAUUGCUCCUGAAGUUUUGCUGAAGAAGGGAUAUGGCAUGGAAUGUGAUUGGUGGUCGUUAGGUGCAAUUAUGUACGAAAUGCUCGUUGGGUAUCCUCCUUUUUAUGCAGAUGACCCAAUAUCGACAUGCAGAAAGAUCGUCCAUUGGAGAAAUCAUUUGAAAUUUCCCGAGGAAGCUAUGUUGUCAUUCGAGGCAAAAGAUCUUAUCUGCAAGUUAUUGUGCAACGUUGACCAUAGGCUUGGCACAGGAGGAGGAGCCCAGCAAAUCAAGGAACAUCCUUGGUUUAAGGGUGUUGCGUGGGAAAAGCUCUAUGAAAUGAAGGCUGCGCACAAACCAGAAGUGAACGAUGAGCUAGACACACAAAACUUUAUGAAGUUUGAUGAAGUGAAUUCUCCUGCACCUGAAAGAACUAGAUCAGGCCCCUCCAGGAAGAUGCUUCUUGCACCCAAGGAUCUAAGUUUUGUUGGCUACACAUACAAGAACUUUGAUGCUGUAAAAGGGUUGCGUCAUUCAUUAGAGAUGGCAAGAACUAUGUCUCUGGAUCGAUCCCCAGCUGAGGCUAUCCCUGUGGAGCGGAUAAGCGGGGAAACAGCAGAGGCUCAGAUGGUAUCAUCGAUGGAUGAUCCAAUGAUUAUUUGA